AUGGAUAAAAGUGGUUUAACAAAACUUGUGCCAGGCAUCUAUUCAACUUCGUUGGUCGAUGUUGAUCUUAAUAAUGUCACAACAAUGUAUCACCCGUUAAAAAAAGAAACAAGUCCGAAUGAAUUAACUGUUGAUUCGCUGACACCAUAUUACUAUCGAUCACGUGCGAAUUCUAAUAUCAUUCAAAGACGUUUUUCAACUGUUGAACAACCCACACCAACAGUAACAAUACAACCAGUAGGUAAAACUAUCACCGUACAUAUGUCGUUUAAACAUUUAUUUUCGCUUCAUUCUCAUGGUGGACAUCAUCAUUCGCGACGUCCGCAUUCCCAAUCAUCCGAUGGAGUUCGUCGUAGCAUUCUAGUGCGUACCAUUAAUGAUACUACAAAUCUAAAUCCUGAUGAAAAAAAUGAACAACUUGAUUCGGUUGAAACGAUCUCAGUCCAAUCUGCCACUCCAGCAUAUGCAAAUGAAGAACAAUAUCGUACUCGUCGUCGCUCUGUUCAAUUUCUUGAUAAAAAAUUUAUUCAAUUCGCAGCAACACCGCAUAUAGCACCAGAUGAUGAUUCUUCUUCUGCGACUAAUGCUUCGGAAGAUGUGUGUGAGUUCUAUUUAGCGUAUUUUCUCUCCACUAUUUCCCCUUCAAUCAUCAUGCCUUUAAAUGCAUUAGAGAGAAAGAAGAAAAGCAAAGAAUAG